AUGAUGAGGGAGGAGUCAGUGAUGAUGAGGGAGGAGGCAGUGAUGAUGAGGGAGGAGACGGUGAUGAUGAGGGAGGAGACAGUGAUGAUGAGGGAGGAGACAGUGAUGAUGAGGGAGGAGACAGUGAUGAUGAGGGAGGAGACAGUGAUGAUGAGGGAGGAGGCAGUGAUGAUGAGGGAGGAGACAGUGAUGAUGAGGCAGGAGACAGUGAUGAUGAGGGAGGAGGCGGUGAUGAUGAGGGAGGAGACGGUGAUGAUGAGGGAGGAGACGGUGAUGAUGAGGGAGGAGACGGUGAUGAUGAGGGAGGAGACGGUGAUGAUGAGGGAGGAGACGUGA